AUGCCCUCGUUUAACCCUCUGGCCAACGUCACCGGGCGCAACGCCUACACGCUUUUCGAAAUUAGGCUCGACAACGAUUUCCUGGUCUUUCGAGGCAACGACCAUGAGUCCUCGGGGCAACUGCUGAAGGGCACUGUCGUGCUGUGUCUGCCAUCAGCCCUGAAAGUAGACGAUGUGCAUCUGCGACUGGUCGGAACUGAAAGGUUGAACUGGACGGACGCGCGGGUUACGCCGACGGGAAUCUCAAAUCAGAAGGUCGAUCGCACCAACAUUUUCUUCCAGCACAGAUGGCGGCCUUUUGUGGGCGGCAGCUCGGGGAAGAGCACCCUGCUUGAGAAGGGGAAUUACGAAUGGCCGUUUGAGCUUAUGCUGCCAGGCGACUUUUGCGAAUCCAUCGAAGGAAUGCCCGAGGCCAGCAUCACUUAUCACUUGAAAGCGACCGUUGCGCGCGGCAAACUCGCCUACGACCUGCAUGCGAAGAAGAGGGUGAGGAUCAUCCGCACCCUCGAGUCCUCGGCCCUGGAAUUCCUGCACGCCAUGAGCGUCGAAAACAUCUGGCCAAACAAGGUCGAAUACAGCGUCGUGAUCCCCACCAAGGCCAUCGUAUUCGGAAGCUCCAUCCCGCUCGAGACGAGGUUUACGCCCCUGCUGAAAGGUCUAGAGAUCGGGGAUAUCAACUGCAGGUUGAUGGAGGUCCAUGAGAUAAUGGUGACGACAAUGCAAGGGCACAGCAUACGAGAACACAAGAGGGAACGCGAGGUAGCGCACUGGACGCUCACGGUAAAUCGGGAGGAGCACUGGAACGACAUGAUCGAGGAUUCUGGCCAGGAGGGCUGGGUCCUGAACGCAAAUCUCGAUCUCCCCAGAAAGUUGGGCAAGUGCAUGCAAGACACCAAUGUGCACGGCAUCAAGAUAAGACACAAGUUGAAGAUGGUGGUCGCACUGCACAAUCCAGACGGCCACGUCUCCGAGCUCCGUGCAACCCUCCCCGUGACGAUAUUUAUCUCCCCGAACAUGCCCCUGGACGACGACGGCAACCUGGUGCGCCAGUCACCACACGAGACCAACCAGGCACAGCGCAUGCAUGGCAUCGCGCCGCCCGGCUAUGGCGAGCAUGUUCUCGAUCAGCUCUACGAUGAGGUUGACAUGAACGGCUUGCAGAGCGGGUUCCAGACACCAGCAGUCCAGUCUGGCGUCAACACGCCCUUCUACGCACUCUCCCGGGCUGGCUCGGCUGAGAACCUGCAUCAGAUGUCAGGGAUGGCAGUGCCUCCUGCAGCGCUUAGCUCGCGGCUGCAGGACGUGUCUCUCAAUGCGUCAGACAGGAGUCAAUCGUACCACAGCCUCAGCGGGGCGACGACAGGCGGGGCGACGACGCCGCACUCGCAGCCACCACCGCCCGACAGCAACCACAACUCCCCACCACCCUCAGAGCCGCUGUCCAGGUCAAAUAGCGGCGAGGACCAGUCCGGCAUAAAUACACCGGAACACGUCGAGAUGGAGAGCCUCAGCAAGGUGCCCAGCUACACCACGGCGAUCAAGACGCCCGCGCGGCCCCUUAGCACCGGGGAGGGUCUGGUUUUACCCGACUACGACUCUGUGGUGAGCGCGCCAACGACACCGACACUCCACAACGCACCGACAAUAAAUCCCCUGGACUCGAUCCCUGAGGCGGCGACCACCGAGACCACGACCCAACCACCACCGCGGCCUCGCCCAUCUCGAAGGCAGACCUCAUUGGGGUUCAGCAACCUGCUCCACCAUCACCACUUCGGGGUUGAAGACGAUGUCCGUCGGAGGCUGCAUCUGUUGCAGGCUCGAGCCCAGCCCUACUAG